AUGGCACAUAAACUCGGUACAGGAUCGUUUGGCGACGUAUCCCGUGCGAGACACAAAUUAAUCAACCGAGAUUAUGCGAUUAAGAUGGUCAAAGUGAAAAAACCUGAUGAUAUUGACAAAUAUAUGCGCGAGCUAAAUUUAUGCAUUGAUAAUUUACGUAAUCUAAUCACGAUGAAAACCAAAAAAUACCCGCGUAAACAAUUUUUCAACAUAAACAAAUGGGAUUAUUUAAUAUCGUACUAUUUGUUUCUGGAAACGGCCGAGUGCGUUCACUAUUUGCACACUCACCAACCACCGAUCAUUCACCGGGAUCUCAAACCGAGCAAUAUACUAUUUACAUUUACUCAUGCGCCCGAAGUUUAUCGCCUGUCCCGCUAUACCACUGCUGUAGACAUCUAUAGUCUGGGUGUCAUUUGCGAAGAGAUAUUCAAUUUUGAUUCAUUAGGUGACGAACUGAUGGAGGAUAAGAGUUUUAAAUUGAAACAUUUUAUCUUGCAACUUACAACAACAAUGCCAUCUGAUAGGCCCAAUAUCAAGGAAACUUUGGAUAUGUUUCAUGAGUUGGCCAUUAAUGAUAACAUACUUGUUAAACAUGAAUUAUGUAGCGGCAAAAUUAUCAAGCUAGGUGAUUUUGGGCUUGACAACACUAAACUUGAACCCGUUGACUCCCAAUCGGUGGUGCAGUCUAUAUCUGGUGAUUGGGACCGAUUUAUGGCCCCCGAAGUAAAACAGGGCAGUACUUGGGAUACCAAAGCCGAUGUGUAUAGCGUUGCCAUAAAACGCAAUGCUAACGAUUUCGAAGAGAAAUCCGUUAACAAUGCUAUAAUUAAAAUGGAGAGUGAGUUAGACUUUUCAGUUUUUCAAAAUGGUAAAUUCAAACGAGUCUUUAGACUCGACAAUAUCGUGACCAUACCGGAAUUUGAAAACGAGCUUAAUGAUCGCUUACCAUAUUUGUACAUUCAAAUGGACUUAUGCUGGCUCUCGUUAAGUACACUUAUUAAACAAAUGCUUACCUACUUCAAUUCCGAGCCCAAACAUUUAUAUAAUCCAUUGGGCUAUUAUAUGGCAUCUGAGUUAAUGGUAGAAAUUGUGACCGCGGUGAAAAUAUUACACACUGGCAAACCGCCAAUAAUACACCGUGAUAUAAACUUGAACAAUGUUUUAAUAUUCCCUCAUACUAAACAUCCUGGUAAGUAUGUAAAAUUGUCGGAUUUUGGCCUGGCCGUUUACAAUGAUCCCCAGGCCAUGUCACAUACACAGAAUAAAGGCACUGAACGUUAUAUGGCACCUGAGGUGAGGGGUGGGCGCAGUUUGGGAAUGGUUGGCCAAGAUUUGUUCAAUUUUGAUAAUAACACAAUCGGGAGACUAAAUCCGGAUGACAUGUAUAAAACAAUUGAACACGUGAUCGGCAAUUGCUUGAAGGGUACGGCCAAUGAGAGACCCACUUGUGAACAGAUACUGGCCAUUAGCGAUCAAUGGGCUACCAGUUUCACCGAUGUUAGACACUUAAUCACCGGGGUCACCGAGUGCACAUAUAAUGACUGUGAUAAUUUUAUUCAGUACUUUCUAAGUGAAAAAUGCAAAUUAUAG